CGCCGUAGAGCAAAAUGCGCUGGAAGUUGCAGGGCAAAGGGCUCACUGACUGCACGGGUCGUGUGCAUGCUGGAAUAGAUGCAUUACCUUAUCACGCACGAGAAGCCAGGGCAAAGAGUGAAAAUUUGGGUAUGUACCAAUGGAAGGGUGGCUUAUCUUCUGCGCAUCUGGAAACUUAGAGGGACUAUUGAAGAUAUAUUGAAAGAGGACGCCAUGCGCCUGAAGGAGGCCGCCACGGCGGUGGAGGCGCCGGCCGUGCGGCUGCACGUCACACAAUGGGCCAGCAACUACGUGACUGCGGGCAACACGACGACGCUCAAGGAUCUGCACAUCACCAACGGCAGCAACUUCAACAACAACAUCACAGAGGCUUUCGAACAACACCAUCAGCAGCAGCAGCAACAACAACAACAGCAGCAGCAGCAGCAGCAAAGGCUGAGCGUGUUUCCACCCAGCUACAGCACAUCCAGCGACUGCCUAUCCGAGUCCUCUCCAGAUGACAGCAUAGGCGACUUCGAGGGUAAGAUGUCAGUCACAUGCAAGUGA